UAGAGGAAGUUAAAGCCCCGCGUGGCUGAAGAGCAGCACACAGUCCCCAGCGUCUGCUCCCGCGGUGUUCAGCGCCCAGAAUGCGGCUUCUGGUCCUGCUAUGGGGUUGCUUGGUGCUCCCAGGUUAUGAAGCCCUGGAUGGCCCAGAGGAAAUCAGCGGGUUCGAGGGGGACACUGUGUCCCUGAAGUUCACCUACAAGGAAGAGCUGAGGGACUACCGGAAGUACUGGUGCAGGAAUGUCGGCCUCUUCUUCUCCCGCUGCGCCGGCACCAUCUAUUCGGGAGAAGAAGGUCAGGAGACAACGGAGGGCAGGGUGUCCAUCCGUGACAGCCGCCAGGAGCUCUCAUUCACUGUGACCCUGCGGAACCUCACCCUGAAAGACGCUGGGAAGUACUGGUGUGGGGUCAAGGGCGUCAAUAAGCAUUUACUGAUCACUCUGGUCAUCUUUCCAGCUUCUCCUGGGCUCUACCCGGCAGUAACCACAGCCAAGCAGGGGAAGACAGUGGCCAAGGCCACACCAUUCCCAGGGACCUCCCGAUACGGGCACGAAGGAAACUCACAGUGCACAGGGACCUCUCCUCAUGCAGCGACCUCUCCUCCUGCAGGGAGCUCCCGCCCCAUCAUGCACCUGGACUCCACCUCAGCUGAGGAUGCCAGUCCUGCUCUCAGCAACGGCAGCUCUAAGCCCAGGUUGUCCAUCCCAUUGGUCCGCAUCCUGGCCCCAGUCCUAGUGCUGCUGAGCCUUCUGGGGGCCGCAGGCCUAAUCACCUUCAGCAGCCAUCUGCUCCGGUGGAGAAAGGAAGCUCAACUGGCCACAGAGACACAGAGGAAUGAGGUCUACCUCUCACACUUGCCGCUGGGGAAUGGCCAGGACCCAGAGGACACCAGGAUCAGCCUUGCAGGGCCCAUGAGGCCUCUCGCCAUCCCCGAGCCCUCUGCCAGCCUCUACACAGAGAUCCAGUAUCUAAGCCAGACCACAGAGAAAGAGGAAGCCCCUUCCCAGGCCCCGGAGGGGGACGUGGUAUCGCCUCCUCUCCACACGUCUGAGGAGGAUCUGGGCUUCUCGAAGUUUAUCUCAGCGUAAGGCAGGGGGCCCUCCUGGGUGAAGGCCGGCCGUGAAGCAGGGUGGCUGGAUCUGCACUGACUCGCGAAAGCUUUCCGCCUCAGCCUCAGAGUCCAGCUGCCCAGACUCCAGGCUCUCCGCACCCUCCCCAGGCGCUCUUCCCGCAUGCUCCAGCCAGACCUCCAAGCGUUUGUCAGCCCUGGAGCCCAGACUGGUGGCCUUGCCCUUCCCGCUGGCUACUGGGACAUCCCUGAUAUGUUCCCACCCCUGGCCAGGUCAACCGGCUGAAGACCCUCAGCAGGGCCAGGCAAGGCUCAGAGGAUCUGGUCUGAGUUUCUGUCUGCUCCAGGAACUCCCCUGGGCCUCGUGCCCAGCUUCAGGCCCUGCCUUCUUCCCGCUGCAGACCCCACCUUCUCCUCCCUCCCUGGCGUCCUCAGACUCAGUCCCACGGGUUCCCGCAUCAGCUGGU